AAAGAAAAUCAAAUCAAAACAAAAACAAAAGGUAAACAAAAUCACAAGUUUUUUCAGGCAGAGUUUCCCAAAUUCAUCCACUUUGUACCUGCAGAAGAAGGAAGAUUUCACUUUCAGGCACAGAAACAAGUCAUCAUCAGAAUUUUACUUUCUUCUGUGUACUGAAACCCUAAAUCUCCUUCGUCACGUGAAUUUGAAGUUGAUCGUUGUUGUUUUUGAGAGAUGAGUAGUUUAGCUGAGAGGCUCCGUGUUAGAUCGGAUUCAAGGCCCCGCUAUAGUAUGGAUGAAUCUGAUGACGAAUCAGACCUGCUUGGUAAAUCCAAAACAUCAGAACAGUUUCAAAGAAUUGUCAGAGAUGAUGCGGUAGAGGAUUCAUGUCAGGCGUGUGGUGAAUCUGGGAAUCUGCUUGUUUGUGAAACAUGCACGUAUGAGUACCACCCUAAAUGUUUAUUACCACCUCUCAAAGCUCCAUUUCCUACCACUUGGAGAUGUCCAAAAUGCGUUAAUCCUCUGAACGAUAUAGAAAAGAUUUUGGACUGUGAAAUGAGACCGACAGUUGCUGAUGAAAGUGAUGCUUCGAAACUUGGUUCAAAGCAAAUAUUUGUGAAACAAUAUCUGGUUAAGUGGAAAGGAUUAUCUUAUCUACAUUGCACAUGGGUACCGGAAAAAGAGUUUAUAAAAGCGUACAAGGAGUUGCCUCGUUUAAGGAUGAAAGUAAACAAUUUCCGCAAGCAAAUGCCUGUGGGCAACAAUUCCGAAGAUGAUUUUGUCCCAAUUAGACCUGAAUAUACGAUGGUUGAUCGGAUUCUUGCUUGCAGGCAAGAAGAGGAUGAGGAAAAGGAAUAUUUCGUAAAAUAUGUGGGACUUAGUUAUGAUGAAUGUUAUUGGGAAUCGGAAUCGGAUAUCUCAUCAUUUCAGCAACAAAUUGAGAAUUUCAACAGGUUGCAGUCUAGAUAUCGGAAACUAAGGAAGCAAAAAGGCAACAAUCGCGAUGCACUUGACUCGAAAAAGAAAAAAGAUUUUUUGCAUUUUGAAAAAAGUCCUGAGUUUCUUCCUGGAGGUGAGCUCCACCCAUACCAGCUUGAAGGGUUGAAUUUCUUGCGUUUCUCAUGGUCUAAACAAACACAUGUGAUUCUUGCAGACGAAAUGGGUCUUGGAAAAACGAUACAAAGUAUUGCUUUUUUGGCAUCUUUAUAUGAAGAGAAUAUCUCCCCACAUUUAGUAGUAGCACCACUUUCUACUUUGAGAAACUGGGAACGUGAAUUUGCCACAUGGGCACCUCAUAUGAAUGUUGUUAUGUAUGUUGGAACGGCCGCAGCGCGUUCUGUCAUAAGAGAACAUGAAUUUUAUUUCCCAAGGUCUCAUAAGAAAGACAAGAAAAAGAAACACGGGACUAGUGAAAAUAAGCAAGAAAGAAUAAAGUUUGACGUGUUAUUGACAUCUUACGAAAUGAUUAACAUAGAUAACGGGUCAUUGAAGGCAAUACGUUGGGAGACCAUGAUAGUGGACGAAGGUCAUCGCCUUAAAAAUAAAGAUUCAAAGUUGUUUUCUGCGUUAAAGCAGUUCAACACUCGACAUCGUACAUUAUUGACUGGAACCCCUCUUCAGAACAACUUGGAUGAGCUUUUCAUGCUUAUGCACUUUCUUGAUGCUGGAAAGUUUGCAAGUUUGGAGGAGUUUCAGGAAGAGUUCAAGGAUAUCAAUCAAGAAGAGCAGGUUUCAAGGCUACAUAAGAUGUUGGCCCCACAUCUUUUAAGAAGAGUUAAGAAAGAUGUGAUGAAGAAGUUACCACCUAAAAAGGAGCUAAUUUUACGUGUGGAAUUAAGUAGCAAGCAGAAAGAGUAUUAUAAGGCAAUUCUAACGCGUAAUUAUCAGUUAUUAACUCGCCGAGGAGGAGCUCAGAUUUCGCUUAUUAAUGUGGUUAUGGAACUGCGUAAGCUUUGUUGUCACCCUUUCAUGCUGGAGGGAGUUGAACCAGAAGACACCAACGAGUUCUACAAACAACUAUUGGAAGCUUCCGGAAAAUUGCAGCUUUUGGACAAAAUGAUGGUGAAGCUGAAAGAGCAAGGACAUAGAGUUUUAAUAUAUACACAGUUUCAGCACAUGUUGGAUUUGUUAGAAGAUUAUUGCAAUUACAAGAAAUGGCUGUAUGAACGGAUUGAUGGAAAAGUUAGUGGUGGUGAAAGACAAGUUCGAAUCGAUAGAUUCAAUGCUGCGGGUUCUUCUAGAUUUUGCUUCUUAUUGUCUACUAGAGCUGGUGGUCUUGGUAUAAACCUAGCGACUGCAGACACGGUUAUUAUUUAUGACAGUGAUUGGAAUCCACAUGCUGAUUUACAAGCUAUGGCCCGUGCUCAUCGUCUCGGACAGAAAAACAAGGUGAUGAUAUUUAGACUGAUAACUAGAGGAACAAUCGAAGAAAGAAUGAUGGAGAUGACGAAAAAGAAGAUGGUUUUAGAGCAUUUGGUUGUUGGCAAGCUUAAAAAUCAAAACAUCAACCAGGAAGAGCUGGAUGACAUCAUAAGAUACGGUUCAAAGGAAUUGUUUGCUGAUGAGAACGAUGAGGCGAUGAAAUCAAGGCAAAUUCAUUAUGAUGAUGCUGCAAUAGAUAGAUUGCUUAACCGUGAUUACACGGAAGAAGAAAAUGCUGCAAUGGAUGAUGCAGAAGAAGAUGGCUUUUUGAAAGCGUUUAAGGUGGCGAUUUUUGAGUAUAUUGACGAGACGGAGUCAAAAGUGGAAGAAGAAAUAGAAGAGCCAUUGGCAGAGAACAAAAACGCAGCGAAUAAUAUAGAACGAUCGAGUUAUUGGGAGGACUUGCUAAAAGAUAGAUAUGAAGUGCACAAAAUCGAAGAAUUUAAUUCUAUGGGAAAGGGAAAAAGAAGCCGUAAGCAGAUGGUGUCUGUUGAAGAUGAUGAUCUAGCUGGAUUGGAAGAUGUAAGCUCUGAUGCUGAUGAUAAUUACGAAGCGGAAUUAUCCGAUGAGGAUAAUUCAACAGGAAUAGCACCUGCUAGAAAGCCUUACAGAAAGAAAACACGUGUUGAUAAUGCUGAGCAACUUCCGCUUAUGGAAGGUGAAGGGAGAGCCUUCAGAGUACUCGGAUUUAACCAAAGUCAACGGGCCCAAUUUGUUCAAAUCUUGAUGAGAUUUGGGGUUGGAGACUUCGAUUGGGCAGAAUUUACUUCACGCUUGAAGCAAAAAAGUUAUGAAGAAAUUAAAGUUUAUGGAACUCUGUUCCUGUCACACAUUUCAGAAGAUAUUACCGAUGCCGCAACGUUUUCAGACGGUGUUCCAAAAGAAGGGCUAAGAAUUGAGGACGUACUUGUCAGAAUUGCAGUCUUGCUUCUUGUAAGAGAUAAAGUGAAAUCUUCUUCAGAGAAUCCAUCUGCUCCGCUAUUUACGGAUGACAUCAUAUAUCGGUAUCCGGGAUUAAGAGGAUUGAAACACUGGAAGGAUGAACACGAUCGAACCCUACUCCGUGCUGUGUUAAAGCACGGUUAUGGAAGAUGGCAAGCUAUUGUUGAUGACAAGGACUUGCGGAUUCCGGAAGUGAUCUGUCAAGAGUUGCAUCUUCCCACUGCAAAUCUCAGUGUUCCCGGAGCGGCCGCGCCCCCUGCUGGCGGAAGUCUUGACGGUCAAACUGUGGCUCCUGGUGGUCAACCACAAGAUUCUGCUGCUUCAAAUAACGCAUUGUAUCACUUCCGAGAAAUGCAAAGAAGAGUGGUCGAGUUUGUCAAAAAACGGGUCCAACUUCUCGAAAAAGGACUUAAUGCAGAAUACCAAAAAGAAUUCUACGGUGAUGAAAAACCUAACGGGAUUCGAAGUGAUGAUAUGGAGACUGAACAAAAGGUUGUAGACAGACCGACUGCAAGUCAAAACGGAACUUUGUCCCAGUUGACCAGUCAAUUGCCUCAAAUCGAAGUUAUCUCUGCAGAAGAAAUAUCGGCAGCUGCUUGUGAUGAUAAACCGGAUCGUUUGGCGAUGCCCCGCCUUUAUAACGAGAUGUGCACGGUGGUAGGGGAAAAUGCUGCUGAUGCGGUAGAGACAUAUUUGGCGAAGAAGCCUACUGCAGAUUUAAAGCUUAAAAAGAAUCUUCAACCACUAGUAGCAAUACAUGAAAAAAUCACCAAAAUCGUCUCUCCCGUGACUGAAAGUGAGAAGAGUAACGGUGAUGUGGCAAGUUCAAGUCCACAUCAGCAUGAAUCAGGUCCAGUCAACGGGGCUGCAAAUGCUGACGUGGCGAUGGAAGACGCUGAUGGUCAUCAAGAUAAGUCUAGUGACGAACCUGGUGUCAUUGUUUUGGAGUAGUACGUCACGUGUUGACUUUUCAGAGUUGACUUUUAUUCAUACUAAAGUGGGGUUAAAUCUUUAUCCCAUUACUAUAGUUUUACUAAUCAAAGUUUGUGGGAGUUAGGUGCUAAAGUUUGUGUAAGUUAAGGAGACACCAAUGUCGUUAGUUUGAUAGUGGACUUUGCUUUUGACUAUAGGAACUAAACUUUUUUGGGUUCUAUUAUAAUGGAGUUGAUUAUAUAAACAUACAAGUCUCAAGUUGAGAUUU